AGAAGGUAGAACCUAAUGCUUUCACAAACCAACAGAAUAAGUGUUUGGAGCUGCUGCAGAAUGAUGGGAUCGGGCAAUGGUCGUAGAGGAAUGAAGUCCCCACCGAUUCUUAUAGCCGUCCUUUUGGCAUGUAUUUUUGUUUUAACAAUAAACUACUGGAUCACAAGCUCACGAUGUGCCGAAUUACAGAAACAAUUGGCAGAACUGGAGAGCAGAAUCCAUAGGGUAGCUGCAGAACGUGGAGCAGUGGAACUGAAGAAGAAUGAAUUCCAGGACAAGCUGGAAAGACAGAACAAACAGAUUGACAACAUUCAGUCCUUGCAUAACUCUCAGUUGCAAAGUGCAAAUGAGGCAUGCCACAGUGAAAAGGAUACAUUAUUAGAUACCAUAGCAGAGAAAGAAAAGGUUAUGCAGGAUCUAUACGCUCAAAUCAAGUCUCAGGAACAAGGCCUGUCGAAAUUGAAACUUGACUAUGACCAGCUACAGGAGAGCCAGGCAAAGAAAUCCACAUUUGAGUUAGCCCAGUGCAGCUAUAAAAUGAAAGAACUCAAUGAGCAGUGUGAGGAAAAGUUGCGCAGAGCUUCGGGAAAAGGUGGGACUGUAGCACAAGAAGAAAAUGCUGAUACCCCUAAAAACGAGAAACCCAAGCCAAUUCUACUAAAAGAUCUUAUACAAAAACAAGACAACCAAGAAAAUCAGCAAGUGGCUUCCAAAGAAACAAACGAUACACGUGGGGCAAUCCCAAACCUAAAGCAGGAGCCAGCAAAGGUCUCCAUAACAGAUGAUGAGUUGGCAAAUAAAUUGGAAGGGAAGGCCAAGGAAGAGGAGCCUUUAAAGGCCAAAGAAGCAGUGGCACAAGAAAACAAAGUGGAGGAAACAAAUGAUGAAGAAGUGGAAAGGGAGCAUCUGCUCGACAUAGAAGUUCCAACGGAGGAUGCAGCAGAUAAAAAACAAGCUCCAAAUCCGGUUAAGCAGGGUGCAGAGCAAGGUCGGCUGAAUGAUUACAAUGGGGAUGAAGGGAAUGAAGCUGAGCCAGAGGCAGACAAACAGGCUGAACUUGCAGAUGAUCAGAAUGUAAAUGAGAAUAAACUAGAAGAAGAAAAGAAACCUGAACAAGAAGAUAAUCUUCCACUUCCAAACCUUCCAGACGCUCCAGAUCUUCCAAAUGCUCCAAACCUGCUAAAACUUCCAAAUGCUCCAAAUCCUGUGGUGCCUGAAGAAUCUAAAAACGAGGAUAAUCCACUCCUUAGGAAAUAAAGGGUCAUGGACUCCCAUCAAGCACUUUCAACCUUGAAACCACUUAGAAGCUGUAAAAGGCAGGAGAGAAAGGCAAACCAUUCAAAAACCAGAGAAAAGAAAAACUAGUAAAGAAUAUUCCACUGAAUAGGCUUUUUAUGGGGAAUCAUUUAGAAGCAGACUUUUAUCAGUGGCAUAACUACCAGGUGCUAAAUUCAGUGGGGAUUCAACAUUUUCAGUACAAAUGUAAUAGACGAGUGCUGGGCUAGCACUCGUCUAUUUAAAAAAAAAAAAUCUACUUUUCUUUGAAGUGCUGCAGAUUUCAUUGUUUUUCCCAAGGUUCCUCUGCAGUUCAGGGCCAGUGUAGGUGCAGUGUACUAAAGUCAGAAAUUGUAUUUUCUUGUCAUUUAAGGUAUAUGGGUGCUUUAAUGUGUAUUGUUCUAUAUAGAUACAAAUUCUAGCAAAGUAUUGCUGUCUGUAUAAGGGAAGUGCCUCACUGUGGAAGAGUACAGUAAGGGGAACAGUCAUUGAACUAAACUCCUGGCUUUACUUGUAGAGAAAAGAGCUUUGGAACAGCCCAAUUAAAAGAACGAGAGACAAAGAUAUUAGUAAUUAACUGGCUAUCUUCCUAUCUCUACAGUUGUCGGUGUAUGCAUCAUUAUAGACCAUAGAGGGGGAAAAAAAUCAAUAAUUUAGGACUGAUUUUUUUUAUGUGAAUUAUUGAUUUAAUUUGUUUGUUUAAUUAAUUUACUGUAUUCUGUUGUACUACUUUGUUCUAGGGGUCCAUUGAAUUCGGGAUUCGGCUAAGAUUUGGCCUUUUCCAGCAGGAUUCAGCUGCAUCCUUCUGCCUGACUAAACCGAAUCCUAAUUUGCAUAUGCAAAUUAGGGGCGGGGAGGGAAAUUGCUUGACUUUUUGUCACAAAACAAGGAAGUAAAAAAUAUUUUCCCCUUCCCACCCCUAAUUUGCAUAUGCAAAUACAGAUUCAGUAGAAUCAUUCGCUAAGGAUUCGGUGUUUGGCCGAAUCCAAAAUAGUGGAUUCAGUGCAUCCCUACUUUGUUCUGACUUUUAGUUUAUGAAAGGAAAGGCAGUUAAUGGAACCACUGACUAAUCAGGGUUGCGCCCUUUCUGUGCCUGGCUUUACACUCUGAAAUUGUGAUAAUGUAGUUGACAUCUAAACACUACAGGCCAGAUUCACUAGCAUUCCUGAUAGAUCCAUAACAAUUCUGGGGUGUAUCAUGGCUAAUAGCUCAUCCAUAUCAAUAUGAAUUGUGAAUUAAUUAUUAUUUGGGGCUCACAGAUAACAUAUGUGUGAAGCUCUGAUUUAAUCAAUCAGUCAGUAGACUGAAUGGCUGGUAGUGCUGAAGGAGGAUCCCCCAAUGUGAUAUCUGCCUCUAAAGGUAGGGCUACACAAACGAUUCCGGCGCAAUCCGACGUGCUGCGACAAAACGCCUGCGACAGGUCACAUGCAACAAAAAUAAGGUAAGUGAUAGAAUUGUCGCAUGGUGUCUGCACCGGACAGUCGUGUCGGAUCAACGCUGCGACAAUUCUAUCUCUUACCAAAUUUUUGUUGCAGGCAUUUUGUCACAGCGCGUCGGAAUCGUUUGUGUAGUCCUGCCCUAAAGCAGAGAGACUGGUGUGCAGCUGUUAUUUAUUAGGGGGUAAAAGGGACUGUGUUUAAUAUUGAGAAGAACUGAUUUGCAGCCGGGGAUGGUACUGUGUAUCCUCACUGAUGAAAUUGUGCAUUUGGUUUAUUUUUAAAUUAUGACGUGUUUUGUUUUGUCUUAGAAUUUUUAAAUACACAAUCAAAAAAAAAAAUCCUUGUAUUUGUUGCCUUUGAACUAAGCAUUUUUUUCCAGACAAUUCCCACAAUGCUUUGCAUACAGACUAAAAACUUCUGCUAUAAAGAAGGGGCUUACAGCUCAAGUGCCCUUUUAGAGAAAAUAUUUGGUCAGUGUCCCACUUAAUGAAUGAUAAGAUUUACAGAUGCAAGUAAAAAUCUUAAGAAUUUGUAAAAGAACAAAUCAGUAUUUAAAUAUUGAUCAUUGCUCUUCCAGAAGGAUCUAGCAGAGACAUUCUGCCCAUAUGUAACCCCUGGCUAGCCUUCAGACCAGGCCUCACAAGGAAGCUAGAGCUAAUACUUUACACGUGUGUGAAUCACCAAACAUGUAAUGCGUGGUGGGGUCGAGUAGCCUAAGGACGCACUCGUUUGAGAUCUUGCCCUGCUUACAGAUAGCCAGGUCCAGCAGUGAUGGAAGUAGGCAAAAACUGACAAACUGCUUUCAAUCACAAUUAACUAAAAACCUAUUCACUAUAAUGCAGAAUGUUACA